GGGCCAAGGGGCGCCUGGAUGGGGGACAAGCGGACUAAAGUGGGGGCGGCGGCCCCACCAAGUGACCCAGAGGGGACGGAAAUGGGGCCGCCGCGGCGCCCCUCCCUCAGGAGCAGCAGGCUGGGAGCCCUCGGGGGCCCGGGUUCGGGGAGCCACCGCCCCUUCCAUUCUGGGGCGCUACGCUCUACCACAGCAGCCCCACAGGGCGGAAAGAAGCAGCGGGUGGCCCGGGGCGAGGCCCACGCUAUUGCCAGGGGGCGGGGCUUCGGGCGGGGCCGGGCCCCAGAGAGUCACGCGGGGCGUCGGCGCUCCGCCCCCUGGGCACGUGCUUCUUUCGCGGUGCUCGGCCAGUGCAGACGUGCAGCGGCUCCUCUGUGCUCAGCUCCGUUCGCGCCGCCGCCAUGCCGAUGUUCGUGGUGCACACCAACGUGCCGCGCUCCGCCGUGCCCGACUCCCUGCUAAGCGAGCUCACCUCGCAGCUGGCCAAGGCCACCGGCAAGCCCCCGCAGUACAUCGCCGUGCACAUCGCGACGGAUCAGCUCAUGGCGUUCGGGGGCUCCGCGGAGCCGUGCGCCCUCUGCAGCCUGCACAGCAUCGGCAAGAUCAGCGGCCCGCAGAACAAGGCCUACACCAAGCAGCUGUGCGAGCUGCUCACCAAGCACCUCCGGAUCUCCGGGGACAGGAUCUACAUCAACUACCACGACAUGAAUGCGGCCAACGUGGGCUGGAACGGCACCACCUUCGCCUGACGAGUCCCCGCCCCCUCGCUCCCGGGCCCUGGGGUGCUGCUGAACAAUAAAGGCUGCAGAACCGGA